CGUUGCAUAGCCAAGAUGGGUCGCUUGUCCUACAAAUGGGAAGCCCUGCUUGUGGUCUGUCUUAACCACCAGGUUGUUCCUGUGCCCCAUGGGUUCAGGGCCUCCAAGCUGUCUCCUGAAAGGUACCUCUUUCUCUUGCAGGAAGGCAUGCCCCAGACGCUGAGCUCAACCAGCAUGUUCGCUCCCUGCGCCUUCAGUCCCCAUCUACACUCGUCGAAAGAAGAUGACCAAGGUGGACUGAUCUUCCAGGAUGGAAACCUCACCUCAGCCUCUCUAGAUGCUUUAAUCCAACAUCUCAUACCUACUGCUGAUUACUACCCAGAAAAAGCCUACAUCUUCACAUUCCUGCUGAGCUCAAGACUCUUCAUUGAACCUCACGAACUUCUGUCCCGGGUUUGCCACAAGUGCAUCGAGCAGCAGCGUCUCGAUGACCCCGUGCUGGAUAAGGCCCGGAUCAGAAAAUUUGGACCCAAAAUCCUGCAGCUGUUGACAGAGUGGACAGAAACAUUCCCCUAUGAUUUCCAGGAGGAGCAGAUGAUCGGCCACUUGAAAGACAUGAUUCACAGGAUUGCUCCCUGUGACGAGGCCUACUGGAAAAAGAUGAAUCAGCUUUUGCAAACCCUGGAUCAGAAGCUUGCAACCCUUAGCCCUGGGCAGGACGGCAUAGUCAAGAUCAGCGCGGCUGUCUCCGACAAGCUGGUUGCUUUUAAAAGUAAACCCCCCUCAAUUCAGAGAGAAAUCCUGAGUGUCUGCAGCGACCCUUACACGCUGGCUCAACAGCUGACACAUGUGGAAUUGGAAAGGCUGAGUCGCAUUGGGCCUGAAGAAUUUGUGCAGGCGUUUGUGCAUAAAGAUCCUCUGGAUGGGACCAAGACUUGUUUCAGUGAACAGAAGAAGACUAGUAACCUAGAAGCCUAUGUGAAAUGGUUCAAUAGACUCUGCUAUCUGGUAGCAACAGAAAUUUGCAUGCCUGCAAAAAAGAAGCAGCGAGCGCAAGUCAUAGAGUUCUUCAUUGACGUCGCCCGAGAGUGCUUUAACAUCGGGAACUUCAAUUCCCUCAUGGCAAUCAUCUCUGGGAUGAACAUGAGCCCAGUUUCAAGGCUAAAGAAGACCUGGUCAAAAGUGAAAACAGCCAAAUUUUUCAUUCUUGAGCAUCAGAUGGACCCUACCGGGAAUUUCUAUAACUACAGAACUGCGCUGCGAGGGGCUGCCCAUCGAUCCCUCACUGCACACAGCAACAGGGAGAAGAUUGUCAUCCCUUUCUUCAGCCUGUUGAUCAAAGACAUUUACUUUUUGAAUGAAGGAUGUGCUAAUCGCCUUCCGAACGGACAUGUCAACUUUGAAAAGUUUUUGGAAUUAGCCAAGCAAGUGGGAGAGUUUAUGACGUGGAAGCAAGUGGAGUGUCCCUUUGAGCAAGACCAUAACAUCAUCCACUACUUGCACACGGCUCCCAUUUUUACUGAGGAUGGUUUGUAUCUGGCUUCCUAUGAAAGUGAAAGCCCAGAAAAUCAAAUUGAAAAGGAGAGGUGGAAAUCUUUAAGGUCAACUAUUUUAGGGAAGACUUGAAGACUACGAGAUUAUUGCAGCGGGUCAAGAAAACAAAUCAGCAAACUAUUUUGCACUACUGAUUCCAAAGAUGCCUGUUUGGGAUUUAGAUGAUUUCCCCCCACCUCCUAUUUGUUGGGGUUUUUUGUUGUUUUGUUUUUCCUUUGACUGCCUAAAGUGGGGUGAACUGGAUUCGUCCCCCAAAAUCAACAGGACUGACAUACUGGACGCACAAUUACGCUUUCCUGCCUCUUCCAAAGGCGGGGCGGACUCUCCGGGGCUGAUGCCAUGUCAGUAUUGCUGUAACUUUGUCUCUCAAGGAAAACAAAGCAAAACGAGAGCAAAGAGAGCCGUGGUGCUGCAAAAAGAAAGGUCUCCCCUGGAAAACUAAAGGCACAGGCACAUGUUUCAGAAGCAGGUGCUUCCGACAGCAGCUCUUCCUGAGGACUGCAGGCUUAAAUUAUUUCAAGCCCAGCAGCAAUCUGGCUAAUUGCUGAAAUAAAAGAAAGAGGAACUUUAUCGGUCAUCAGCAGUCUCCAGCCUUGUUGAACAAUGCACUGACUGCAACCAGCAUAAGCUCGUGGUGGCUAAAAACUCUUGUAAACCACAUAAGCAGGGAAAAGUCGCUCAAACCCUGUGGAUUCUUAUUUCACGAAUUCAGCUUGAACCGUGAACAUCUGGUUAGUUUGUCUUUCCCUGCUUUUCUUCCUUUGAAUCUUGGCAGAUUUUUCUGAGUCGUGAAAUAAAGAUGGCGAGGCACGUAGAUCUCCUGACUACACGUAAAGCUGUGCUGAAGAAGCAAGCGGCUGCUUGGCUUACCUCUCUUUAAAGCGUGAUGUGUACCCCUUCGUUCUGUGGAUGUUGAGGGAUGAGUCUUUCCAAGGCCAUACCUCACUGUCAAAUGACAGGAGAUGGUGUGAGGGAAUGUGUCACGUUGCAGUUGAUCUAGCUUUGUGUAGUCGUUUUGUUCCAGUGCAACCCAACAUUAAGGAAAGAGAGGAAUCGCUCUAAAUCUGGGGGCUCCACGGCGCACUGAAGAGGAGGCAAAGGGCUUUUGCUCUUUGCACAAAUGCUCUGGGGUAAAGAAUGAGCAACCUGCCGUUUGUCCAUCAAUCCAUGCAAGUAUUUUUGUGUUCUGUAUAUUGAACCAUGCUCGCCAGCUUCCUUCCAUGGCAACCGUGUGCUGUUAGAAGAGGGGACCAUGCCGUGUUUGUGUUUGCACAGAUUUCAGAGCAGCAUUCAAUAUAAAUAUUAAAUGAUGAAUUAUUAUACGUAUACCAGACGCAAGACUGAAGUAGAGCAAACAGGAGGAUCCUCCCAGUCUUUGCUCAUGUGAGCAGAGCCACUGAAACCAGUGGAGCUGUUUGUGUGCUUAAAGAGUGCUCCAGGCCUCAGAUGGGCUCUUUUCAUAGGCCUGACAGAAAUAAAAAUGCUGUGUGAUAUGGAACUGGUGGUGUUAUUGUAGGCUUGGUGUUGGCAUUUUGGCUGUUCUAGUCUUUUCUGGCCAUAGUCAAAAGAUUCAGUUUUCUACUGAACUCAGUGGUAGCUUUCCCUUAGUAAAGAGUGAAGGAUCCUUUGCACAGCAUGUCUGAACAGUACAGUACUUAAAUUAAAAAAAAAAAAAAAAAAAAAAAGCAGCUCCAUA